AUGGACGACAUCAUCACGGCAGGCUCGGCCGCCGCCGCCGCGUCCCCCGGGUUCACUACCCAGGACGAGAUGAUUGGCCUCGAUGGCGACAUGGACAGCGAGCUCGAGUACGACGAGGAGGAGCCGGACGAGCAGGAGGACGAGAACGAGGAGCCGGCGCCGAUUCCGGCGAAGAGACGCAAGAAGAAGGGGCGGUCAGGACCGGAAUGUCUCGCCAAAGCGUGGAAAGUCGUCUGCCUCGACCCGAUCAUCGGCAGGAACCAGAGCAUCGACACGUAUUGGAAGCGCAUCAAUGCCGAGUUCGACAAGCGCAAACUCGUUGACCCCGACUUCAAAGGCGUCUUCAUGCAGCGCGGGUCGAAGGCAAUGGCGAACCGUUGGGGGCUCAUCCAGUCGGCGUGCAACAAAUGGCAUGGGAUCGUCGAGAAGAUCGCAGCUCGCCCGGAGAGCGGCGCCAGCGUUGAGGAUCAGGGCGGCGGAGGCGGCGGAAAUGGCACGGGCGGACGGACUGUGUCCGCGGCAUCGUCCUCCGGCGUCGGCGCCCGCGAGGAGAGACCCAUGGUCCCGCCGCGCGUCGAGAAGCUCCCCGCAGGGGCUGAGAAGGCAAGGGCAAAAGGCAAUGCCGGAAUGAAGGAGCUUUCAGAUCUCAGGGAUGCCAAUGGCAAUGUCCUCUCUGCGCAGACAUUCACCUUCCGCCAGCUUACAGCUGCCACGAGGAACUUCAGGGAGGAAUGCUUCAUUGGGGAGGGAGGGUUCGGACGUGUUUACAAGGGCCGUCUUGAUGGAGGCCAGGUUGUUGCUAUAAAGCAGCUCAAUAGGGAUGGAAACCAAGGAAACAAAGAAUUUCUGGUGGAGGUCCUCAUGCUCAGUUUGCUGCAUCAUCAAAACCUUGUUAAUUUGGUUGGUUAUUGCGCUGAUGGAGAGCAACGCCUUCUGGUGUAUGAGUAUAUGCCCCUUGGAUCAUUGGAAGACCAUCUCCAUGAUCUCCCUCCUGAUAAGGAACCGUUGGACUGGAACACUAGGAUGAAAAUUGCAGCUGGUGCUGCUAAAGGGCUGGAAUACCUCCAUGACAAGGCACAACCACCAGUUAUAUAUAGAGACUUCAAGUCAUCAAAUAUUCUAUUGGGUGAUGAUUUCCAUCCAAAGCUGUCAGACUUUGGUCUCGCUAAAUUGGGUCCUGUUGGUGACAAGUCUCAUGUCUCUACACGUGUGAUGGGAACAUACGGCUAUUGUGCUCCAGAAUAUGCUAUGACAGGGCAACUUACAGUCAAGUCAGAUGUCUAUAGCUUUGGAGUGGUGUUGCUUGAGUUGAUUACUGGCCGGAAGGCCAUUGACAGCACCAGACCUCAUGGGGAACAAAACCUCGUGUCGUGGGCACGCCCUCUUUUCAAUGACAGGCGGAAGCUCCCAAAGAUGGCUGAUCCAGGGCUGCAGGGACGAUAUCCCAUGCGUGGGCUCUACCAAGCCCUCGCUGUGGCGUCAAUGUGUAUUCAGUCAGAGGCUGCUUCGCGACCACUUAUCGCUGAUGUUGUGACUGCUCUUUCCUACCUGGCGUCCCAAAUUUAUGAUCCUAAUGCGAUCCAUGCCUCGAAAAAGGCAGGUGGCGACCAGCGAAGUAGGGUUUCUGAUAGUGGAAGGACGCUCCUGAAGAAUGAUGAGGCAGGCAGCUCUGGACACAAGUCGGAUCGAGAUGAUUCCCCCAGGGAGCCUCCUCCGGGUAUCCUUAAUGACAGGGAGAGGAUGGUGGCUGAGGCGAGGAUGUGGGGUGCGAACCUGCGGGAGAAGACGCGUGCUGCUGCCAAUGCACAGGGGAGCCUCGAUUCUCCAACUGAAAUCGGAUAGCGGCAGUCGUCAACCUGUGGCCUUGUGUUUUCUCUCUGUCGACUGUGCUUGCUUUCGAUUGGCGGGGAAAGAUGAAUUGGGUGCUUUCCGGUGGUGUUAGAUGUGUACAUUUAUAGGGGCAAAACAAAAACAAAACAAAACAAGAGGAGAAUUGGGUGGCUUUGUACUGGAUAUGGUCGUACCUGUAAAUUCUCGGAAAAUUUUGCGACGAUGGAGAACAAAUCUGAACUCGUGUC